UAUAUGAAAUAAAGAACAGCUGGAUUUAGUGGUGUUCAGCCUAUACUGCAGUAUAUAUUAGUAACGUAUCAGUCACGGUAAUAAAAUAAUGUCAGAUUCAGAUGAUGUUUCUGGACCUGCUUUGCCGCCAGGUAUGCAGCAAAGUUAUACAUUGGAUGACAAUUCUUUGGAUGAUGGCCAGUAUGGACCAGCCUUACCAAAGUCUUCAGCUAAGAGUAAAGCAGUUUCCAACAAAGACAGUAUAGGCCCUGUCCUGCCAACAACUAAAGAGCUGACACAAGUUAUAGGUCCUGUUUUACCUCCAAUAUACAGCUCAGACUCAGAUGCUGAUUCAGUAUCAUCAUCAGAAAGAGGUCAACACCCCUCUUUUCCUCAUAGUUUUGAAUGUGUUAAAAGUGAAAAUAAAACUGAAGAAAGUGAUGAUGAUAUGAUAGGUCCUAGUGCAGGUCUACAGGCCUUGGAACAAGAUCUAUCAGCAGAGGUUGAGUCCAGGUCCUUGAAAAUGAAAGAAAAGCUAAUGUCUAGUUCAACGCCAGAUGAGGUGGAAGCACCAAAACAGAGGGAAAGUUGGAUGACAGAACUUCCAGAGGAAAUGGGGGCGAGUUUUGGUUUGGGCAACAGACAGUUUCGAACACGUGCAGCUCCGGAGCAAGACUCAAGCUGGACCGAGGCUCCACAUGAGAAGGGGAAGAAAAGUAAGGAUGAAAAGAAGAGAAAAAAGGACAAAUAUGACAAUUUCCAGAGUGACAAAGAAAAAAAAGCUGCCAAGGAAAUUGAAGCUUAUAAUAAAAAACAUCGUCCAGAAUCCUUGCUAGAGAUGCAUAAGAAGGAAAUGAAGAAGAAGAAGGAGGCAAGGUUCCUAUCGGAGAGUAUUGCCCAGCGUUAUUUCAAGCAGCUUCAUUCGGCCAUAGAUUACAUCCACAGUCAAGGAUACGCCCACCGUGAUAUCUGCCCUCAAAACGUGCUCAUCUCUCAAAACAACGUGCCAAAACUAUGUGAUUUCGGACACGCCGUGCGAUUUAUGGCCUCCGAUCCGUUAUGUGAAGAUGAUUGUGGAUCACUAGGGUACCAGGCACCACAAAUCUUGGAGAAGACACCGUUCAACCCAAAGCAGGCUGAUAUAUGGUCUCUUGGUGCCCUGCUUUACUCUGUCUGUACCGGUCAUACCCCACUUGGAACCAUUCGUGGUGACGUCAUUCAAAACGCCUCCAAGGAGAUUCCUUUUCCAGACGUUAGAAUUCUCGCUCUCUCCAGGGAGUUCAAAAGUCUCAGCAAGGGAAUGCUGGCGUAUAAACCAGAAACCAGGUUUACAAUGAACCGGAUUGCGCACUCUCCGUGGAUGACCAAGACAGACACACGUGUUCAGAUUGGCGGAUUUUUCCGUGCCAGACAACCACAAAAAACCAGCGAGGGUUCACUCGAACAACAGAUUAAGAGCAAACUCAAAAUUUAAUUUUUUGGACAGUAAUUCAGUUUUCAAUUUUACAUUGAUUUAUUUUAUAAUAAUUGUAUGUUUGUUCAAUUUUACCAGCAACAUUUUUUCGUGCUAUUAUAAAUGGCAUCAUUAGUGUUUUAACAUGAUAGCCAAUUUUGACACGCGUCUUAAUAUUUGAUAGUAUUUACUUAUUUGUUAAAUAAACUGAUCACUAAAUA